AUGCGGAAAUUAGUGGAUCCAACACCGAAUCGUUUUGAACAACUUGUCACUCAAAUGAAAUGGCGUCUUAAUGAAGGCGGCGGGAAAGCGAUAUACAAAUUAGGCGUUGACGAUGAUGGACAUAUAAGUGGUCUGUGUCAAAGUGAAUUGUUGAGUUCCCUGGCAACACUUGAACGUAUGGCAAAACGUUUAAAUGCUACACUGCAUCCAUUAAGAGAACGUAUUAUUGAACCAGUUGGACAUGAUGAUGAUACUACCAAUUCGAUAAAUAAGGAAUAUCGUAAAGCUAUUGAAUUAUUGGUUCGUUUAGCGCCAACAACAAAUGAUGGUUCACCUGACCUAUGCGUAGCUUUAGUCGGUGGUAUGGAUUCAGGCAAGUCAACAUUGAUCGGUGUAUUAACAGACGGGGAAUUGGAUAAUGCACGUGGCAAAGCUCGAUUAAAUCUAUUUCGUCAUUUACAUGAAGUUCAAUCAGGUCGUACUAGCAGUUUAAGUCGUGAGCUGCUGGGCUUUGAUGCUGAUGGCAAUGUAACUAACUAUAAAUAUGCUGAUGGCAGAGUUUAUCGAAGAUCUGCAGAAGAAAUUGGUUAUUUGUCCACUGUCCAAUCAGAAUUCGACUUUUUCAUUCUGUACUCUAAACGUUGUAUUCUGAUUGGUUGUUUACUUGACGAAUGA